AUGGCUACCUUCACGAAUGAGUUGAUAAAUCAGUGCCUUGAAGUUGUGGGAGGCCAGCCACAUGAAAUAAGAGAAUCAGAGACGAGCUGCAAUAUUCAUCUGUUUCUUCCAGGCGCACAGGGAGCUCAAGGGCUGACAAGGAAAAUCACUAUUGAGCCAAAAAGAUCUUUAGUGACGAUUUAUUCACAAAACAGAAAUACAAGAGCGUUGACUGAGGAUCAAAAGAAAUAUAGCCUGAUGUUUAUAUCGAAAGCGAAUGAGCUGAUUAGUUUUGGAAAUAUAGAAAUGAAUUAUGAUUCAGGAGAAUUCCGAUAUAAAACAAGCCAAGCUUUUCCAGGAGUUAGAGACCCAAAACCAAUCAUCGGGUUUAUGCUAGAAAUGCAUAACAAUAUCUUCCCAAAACUAUGUGAAAUUCUCCCAAAAGCAAUGUCGAAUCCAGAUCCGACUGAGACUGCUCCACUUUUGCUACGGCUUUAA